AUGCGCCAGCGCCUAGCCCUCCGCCGAAUCCUCCUCCAGAGGCUCUUCCGGCUCCAGACCACCCGGCCCUUUACGAGCAACACAUCCCUCACCUCCCGCAGCAGGCCACAGCUUCCCUUCCUCUCGAUUCCCGUCGUUACGGCGCCGCGGGCCCGCUACUUCACCACAGAAAAGAAGCGCUUCCUGCGCUACGAGGGCCGUCUCUUCUUACGCUAUAAUGUCUCCAUCUGGGGCGGCGCCCUCUGCAUCCUCGGCAUCGUCUUCCUGCUGAACCAGGAAGGACUGGAGAAGGAAUACCCCACGCCGCACGAGUGGUCCUACCUGACGCGCAUGGGCAUUCGUGGCGCCAAGAAUGCUGCCCGAGAUACACCCGGCCACAGCGUGAACUGGGUCGAGGUCAUCGUGACAUGCAGAGGCGCGCUGGCUCGGCUGGAGAACCCGGAUAUCGACGGCGCGGCGAUCCGGGAGCUUCUCGACGAACCUCUAUCCAUCGACGGCAUCGGCAACGCGGGCAAGGACGUCUCGGCCAAGAGCGAGAACUGGAGGCGGGGCUACUACGAGGUGCUGAUGCUCAUGGCGCAGGCGGCGGAGCAGCUCGACGGCUGGGUCAAGGACCGGACGAGAAACAUUAUAUUCCCCGCCGACGUCGUCUUGGGCCCUUCCAACCCGCACCCGAAACCCAUUCCUCCUGGCGCGGAGAGCGCGCCCCGCGAAGAGGACUGCGAAGUUGCCUACGAGCCCGCCGAGAACCACUACCUCCGCAUCCUCACCACAAAGGGCUUCACCGACCGACAAAAGAUGGACGCUGCCCUCGCCUACGCCUCUUUCCUCGACUACAAGCAGAUGCCCGACGCCGCCGAGCGCAUGUACCAGUGGGCGCUCACUCUAGCCACCGCAACCGCCCCGAGCGACCCUCCCCUCGUCGAUCUCCGCACCUACACCAUCAACGAGAAGAAGACGACGUUGCCGUCCGAGAACGUGCUGACCGUCCUCACCUCCAUCGCCCUCCACAAGGCGCGCAACGACGACGUCAAUGCCGCCCUCCCCAUCUUCAUCUCCGUCCUCCGCGCCCGCCGCGCCCUGCCCCAGGUUCCUCUCCCGGGUCAAGAACGUCCCACAGAGACGCCUGCGACGCUGUGGCAGAGGAUAUGGAACCUAGCACAGGCACCCAGGUACCCCGCGCCACCGGACGACGGCACCCGCCCCCCCUGGCGCCACCCGAAGGAACUCUGUGAAGAAGCAGGGCUGAACCUCUACAUUGGCGAAAUCAUCUACGCCGCCGCGGCAGCCGCCAAGGAUUCCUCUUCCAAGAAGCAGGCCGCGAACCGCGACGAGGGCCUCGCGUGGACGCGCGACGCAGUUGACCUCGCCGAGGAGCAGCUGCGCAAGCUCGGCCCGAUUGGCGGCGACAAGGAGGCCCGCAAGACGUGCCGCGAGUGUCUCGGCACGGGACUGCAGAACUGGUCUGCCAUGGUGGCUAGCUUAGCCAGAGAAGAGGAGGCCAAGAACCAGGCCGCGCCGGCGAAAUCCGCGUUUGGGUUCUGGACGGAGACCAAGACCGAGGAGAGCAGGUGGGCGGCGGAGGAGAAGGUCGUCAAGGAGAGGAUACGGCGGACCAGGGAGCUGUUGGUGCAGGUUGAGCCGCCUGUUGCUGGGUUGGCUUCGUUGCUUCAGGUGUAA